ACGUUGUCGUUUUGAUAGUUUGGUGCGUUUGAAAGUGAAUCGAGUACAUCAAUCGAAUUUUUCAAAUUAUUCAAAGUGAUAAGUUGUGCAAAUAUAUUGAAAAAUCACCGUUUAUUCAAUAUUUUUCAAUAGAGUUUUUUUUUUAUUUUACGAUUAAUUAUGAAAACAAAAAAAUUGAAUACGAAAAAGGUGGUCGCAAAGCCAAAAUGGGCUGAAGAAGACGAUGUAUCCGAUUCGGCUAACAACGAGGUUUUGCCGGAGAAAAAGAAAAAGAAAUUGAAAAAAGUAAUAAAAACAGCGAAAACGACGAAAGAUACUAAAGCUGAAAAAGUAAAAAAGAAGUCCAAAAAUCAAUCCAACAACAGUUCGGACGAUGAAAAUUACGGUGCAUCGCUGGAUAAGCUGAAAGAAAUCGAUCCGGAAUUUUACAAGUUCUUGGAACAAAAUGACAAAAAACUUCUAAAAUUCAAUCCGGAUAUUGAUGAGAGUGCCGAAAAAGAUGAGGACAGUCAAUCGGAAAAAUCGGAUGAUGAUGAAAAUGAGAAUGAGGAGAACAGCGAUGAUGAUGACGAAGAAAAGGUGCACAAACCAUUGGCUGAAUUGGAUGUGGCAAGCGAUGAGAGUGAUUUCGAAGACGAGAAUAAUACAACGCGAAAAGAAAAUUCGAUAACAUUAAAACUGUUGAAGCAAUGGCAAAGUGAAUUGGCUCAAGAUCGUGUGCCAUUGGAAAUAAUAAAAAAUGUCAUUUUGGCAUUGAAUUCAACACUUUUAACAUUGGCCGGUGAGACAGAUUCGUCGGUGACAGCGUAUCAAGUGGAGGGUGCCGCUGCAUUCAACGGCGUUGUACAAUUAUGUGUUUUACAUCUUGAGCCGGCCAUUCGUCGUUUCUUGGGUUUACAUCAAAAGACGGCAUUGCAACCACAUAAGUGCAAAAAAUGGAAUAAAAUUAAAAGUUCAUUGCGUGGCUAUUUCACUGAUGUUACCAAACUGUUGGAGCAAGUUUCGUCGUCAAACAUUUUGGUUGUUUUAUUGAAACACAUUCAUCAGUCGAUUCCAAUGAUAAUAUCAUUUACGUCAUUGUUGAAGCCAAUUUUAAAGCGUCUCGUCACUAUUUGGAGCACUGGUGAGGAGACAGUACGUGUACUUGCCUUUUUAUGCAUUCUACGUAUUACACGAAGUCAACAGAUGACCGUUUUGAGUACCGUUUUGAAGGCAAUGUAUUUAUCAUAUGUACGAAACUCAAAAUUUGUCAGUCCAAACACAAUGCCAGCAAUUAAUUUUAUGCGACGUUCGCUCAGUGAAAUGUUUGCACUCGAUUUGAGCGUAUCUUAUCAGCAUGUAUUCCUGUACAUACGACAAUUGGCCAUUCAUUUGAGAAAUGCAAUGACACUAAAGAAAAAAGAAAGCUAUCAAGCCGUUUAUAAUUGGCAGUAUAUCAAUUCAAUUCGUUUGUGGUCCGAACUAUUGGCAACAACUAGCGAUAAGGCUCAAUUGCAGCCAUUAAUCUAUCCAUUGGUGAGCAUCAUUACCGGAACGAUAAAAUUGAUUCCAACUGCACAAUACUUUCCAUUGCGGUUCCAUUGUAUUCGAGCCUUAAUUCAAUUGUCGAAAGAAACGCGUACAUUUAUUCCGGUGCUGCCAUUCAUUCUAGAAGUAUUGAAAUCGAAUUCGUUCAAUCAACGCCAUUCAAAAGUGUCCAUGAAACCAUUAUCAUUUUCAUGUAUUUUACGUUUGAAUCAAAAUCAAUUACAAGAAAAUGGUUUACGCGAUGAGGUCAUCGAAAAUAUUGUUGGUUGUACAUUGGAAUAUAUGGCACAAGAAUCACAUACAAUUAGCUAUCCGGAUUUGGCUGUGCCAGCGAUAAUACAACUCAAACAUUACCUAAAACAUGGUAAAAAUAUCAAUUCCAACUAUCGCAGUAAACUAAAGUUGUUGGUCGAUAAAAUGAUGGAAAAUUCAAAAUAUGUUGUUACCGAGCGUGAAAAGUUUACAUUCGAACUACGUGAUGUUGCUUCAAUUAGUGCAUGGGAAGCUCAGCUUCGCAAUAAAGGCACACCAUUAUUGACAUAUUAUGAAAAUUGGUUUAAUACAAAUGUUGCCGUACAAAAACGUCGUGCCACUAAAUCAGAGGAUAUGGAUGAAUUUGAUUUACCCAAAAUACUCAAGCGCAAAGCAAACAGUGCUAGUACGGAAAAAUCAGAUGGUCCAGUGGAUCUCUUCCCAUCCGACGAAGACGAAGAGGAGCUUGAAGUGGAAAAACAACCAAAAAAGAAAAAGUCCAAGAAACAACCAAUUGAACAACCAAAACCAGUUGCAAACACCACCGCAGAUGACAGUGACAAUGAUAGUUUUGCUGAUGACGGCGUUGAUAUCGUAAAAGAUUUAGAUUUAGAUGACUGGUAGAAUGUUUUUCUUUUUUUUUUGUAAUAUUUACUUUUUAUCAUCGAUUUUUUUCUUCUUCUCAUUAAAAUCUACAAUUUGAACAGA